UAAAGAAGAAGUAACGAUGCUGCGGUGAGAAGGGAAUUUUGGCUGAUGUUCCUGGCGCGAAAUCUUUAAAUGUUCACUCUCCAUGAAAAUAACAAGUUACACAUGAUUAUUAGACUAAAUAUAUUAGCCUGGUGAACGACAGAGCAAAUCUAAAUUUCAAGAUAAACAUGUCAGCGGUGGAAGCGGUGAGUUCGGAUAUGUUUUAAUGAGUAUCUAUCACAGGUCGCUGGCUACGCAGUAAUGUGCGACGAAACGAACAUGACCGAGGCCGGAGCGGAGAGAGACCGGUCGAAAAAGCCAUCGAAAUCGGUGUGUGUGUAUGACUGCCGACCGGACAGCAGCGAUGCGCUGGCGCGGACACUAGACAUCGCGAACGUCGAUUACUGUGGCUUUCUACAGGCUCUGAAACAGUUGUUUUCACUGUCGACAAACGAGACUUUCGUUAUAAGCACGACGGACCGAAGAGAGAUUGACGAAGAACUUUACAAGGAGCUGGUCGAUGGGAAAACCUUGCACCUUUUGAAGUCUGUCAAUCAGGAGCUGUCUGUGGCGACUCAAGAGCGGAUUGAGUAUUUGCCGCACUACCAUACUCUAGUGCAAUGUGGCAUGUAUGAGUACUACGCUAGUGAAGGACAGAAGGCAUUGCCCUAUGCUUUUGCUGAGCUUAUUGAUAAUGCGCUGUCAGCCACAGCAAAAAACACUGGAAUCAGGAGAAUUGAAAUCAGAUUGCUGUUCGAUGAGUCUCAGGGAGGACCUGCUGUUGUGGUGAUGGAUAAUGGAUGUGGAAUGACUUCUAAACAGCUGAACAACUGGGCCGUUUACCGUCUGUCGAAGUUUAUAAGAGAAAAUGACAUGUUUCAUAGCGAAAAACCCGGUUAUGAGAGACCAAGUCCAGUUCCACGCAGUCUGAACAGUGACAUCUCAUAUUUUGGAGUCGGAGGCAAACAGGCUGUGUUUUACAUCGGCCAGUCUGUCAGAAUGAUCAGCAAACCUGCAGGCUCUCCAGAUGUUCAUGAAUUUGUCAUGUCUAAAGAAGACUUUGAGCGCAAGGAGUUAAACAGGGAAGACAUUUACUCUGGCUUCAUUAGAAACAGGAAGCCUGGGGAUUUCUCGCAUGUGAAUGUCAUUGAGGAGCAGUUUUUGCGGUCUAUUGUGAUUGAAGAAGAUGGAAAGGAGAGUUUCACUGCAGUUGUAAUCACUGGAAUCCAGCCAGAACACGUCGUCUACCUCAAACAGUAUUUCUCUCUGUGGACCAGAGAAUUGGCGCAUACUUACCAUUAUUAUAUACAUGGAAUUGAUGGAAACGACAAGAGAAAAAUGAGAAAAACUGACCAUUUCUCCAACAUUGACAUUCAGAUCAGUUUGUUUGAACGUUCCCCUCGAAUCCCCUCUGUGGUGAAUCUGAGGGAUGUGGAUAAUGACAUGCAGACUCUGUAUAUCAGCUCCAGUGCUUCUACUUUUGAAUUUAAAGCCACCGGCGCUAGAGAUUCCUUAGUGGAAGGAUUGAUCCGUUAUCACCCGUUCCUCUACGAUCGAGAAACAUAUCCAGUGGAUCCAUAUGCUGCCUCAGCAGGUCCUUUAGAGGAUGAAGAUGAAGAUUGUGUAGUUUUGAAUUCUGAAGGCCGUGGCAAACAACCGAUAUUUGAGUGCUUCUGGAAUGGGCGGCUCAUUCCCUAUACCUCUGUCUCAGAGUUUGAGUGGUGUAAAAGGCCUAAGAAACCAGGUGCUGUGCCGUCUGAGUGCUAUAACCGGAUUUCAGGAGUUCUCUUUGCCAAUGACCGGUUCCAAGUCAGCACCAACAAACUCACCUUUAUGGACCUGGAACUUCAGCUCCGUGACAAAGAGACCAUUUUUACCAGAGUGCACAAUGGCCAGGAGCAGCGAGUGAAGAUUGAGAGGGAGUUUACUAACUGGUUAAAAGAUUGUCAUGAGCGAUUUGAUAAGCAGGUGAUGUUUCAGGGAUUUCAGGGUGUGAUGACACGUGAAGAUGUGCCCAAACGGCUUCAAUCACCCUGGGCUAAAUUCCAAGCCAUUAAGUGGGACGGCAAGACUUACAAGAAAGGACAAUUUGUGAAGUCAGUGAAAACUCAGCCCAUCUUAUUUGGCUCUGUAGUUCAGUUCUUGCUUUACGGAGACUUUGAAGAUGAUGUGUACGCCACAGGAGGACAUGUCCUAAUUGCACUGGAACCGAAGGAUUUGUAUGAUGAGCAAAGAAUCAUUCCCAUCUUUAAGAUCGACAGACAAGCCACAGCCAAAGCCAUUAAGGAACACAUUGAGAAUGAGCUUGCAAAACUUCCAGAACGGUUGAAGGUUACGUGGCCUAAGGGAAACGAUUGGGCUGAGAAAGAUGCUCGUCCAGCUGGGACACCCUUUGGUCCGAUUAAGGUGGAUAUAUUGAACAAAAAUGGAGAGACGAUGUCUCGACUGCCUGUGGGCGGCAAUUCUAAGAAACUGUCGGUUGACCUGAAAAUCAUCUGGCACUCUCCUAAAGGAGAUGUCCAGAUUAACUCCUUCAUUGGUGUGCAUUCAGCCAAAUGGGAAUACUGGUUCAAGGCCAUGGAGAAUCUCACUAAGCUUGGGAUGUACACGCUGCAUCUGCAGGCUGUUCUGAGUGAUAGCCACUCCAGUGAAUGGGCUGGAAAAAGGCUACCCUAUUACACCCUCAAUUUCUCGAUUAAAGAAGGUGAAGCAGUAUCUUUUAUGCUAGACAUAAUUUCUGCUCCUGUCCAUGUGGGAGUUCCCUUCAAUAUUCCUCUAAACUUUAGGGAUGAGUUUGAAUAUCCCACCCAGCCACCCUGUGACAUUAAACCCCAGCUGGAAUGUAGUUCACUAAAGUUGAGUUAUGAAGGGAUCGUGUUCGGGACCACUUCUGUCAUCAGAAAUGUGAAGGUCAUGGGAAAGAUCAGUUUUCAAAGCAAGAUGUACACAUUGAAGGUGCUCAUCCCAGGGCUGAAGCAGAACAACCAAUCUCUUCAAAUUUUUCUGCAACCCGGCCCGCCGCACACUCUGCUAGUGUUUCCGGAUAAAGAUGUACACUCUGUUGAGAAUGGGACUCCAGCAAACUUUAGAGUGGAGGUUCAUGACGAAUACCAAAAUAUCACCACUCAUCCUAAACUCACAGUCCGCUGCCAGUUGCUGGGAGCCCCUGAUCUGCCCGUGGAUGUUGUGGACUGCAGUAACACUGGCUCUGGACUCAUGUUGACUAAACCACUAUUGCUGAAGACUGUAAACCCUGAACAAAUCUUUACUGCUAAGUUCAACAUUCCAAACAACAGAACAGUGGCGUGUGUGGAACGUCAGCUGCGCAUCUUGCCCAGCUCACGAAUAUCCCGUUUAGAGGUCUACAGACAGGAAGAGGGCUCUGAUGAUGUCAUGGUGAUACAAAAUUCAGAGCGCAUUGAUUGGACGGCAGGAGACACACUAGGAAGCCUUCACUUCAGACUGUACGAUGAGGGCAAUAGGCUGGUUUCCCUUCAGCCUAAACUUACCAGUAAGAUUAAGGUGAAUUGGACAGCAGAGUUAAACGCAGAAGAGCUUUCUCAGGGAAAACUGCCACAUUUAUGUGUCCCAUCUCUAGCACAGAGAGAGCAUUUCUGCAAUGUCUCUUUCCACGACCAGCACACAGUCAACAUGUCGUUCAUUAUUGUGCCUCGUCCAGAUGAGCCUGAGCGUUUGCGGGUCAACCUCAGUGAAUCGACUGUGAAAAUGGGCGAAAUUCUGUCAGGAAACAUAUAUGUGGAAGUGAUUGAUCAGUACGGGAAUAAAACAGACUGUCUAAAUGCUGAAAGUGUGAAGACUUUGAGUGUGUCUGCGGAUGACCUGGAUAAAGAAGUUCUGGCCAUAGAAUGGAAGGCCACUAUUGGAAGAUUGUCUGUAUCUGGUGUCCGGUUCAAGGCAGGAUCUCUUGGCCCAAAAGAGCUGUGCUUUAAGUAUCUGGACAUGAAGGAAUUUGUGCGAAUUGAAGUUACUGCUGGACCUCCAGCAAAGAUAAUUCUACUGGAUAAGCCAGAGAUACCUUUCCAGGUCAUCAAUGGCCAUGGCUUGGACACACCAUUGGUCAUGCAGUUGUGUGAUGAAUGGGGAAAUCCUUCACCAGACCAGCGUGUUGAGAUUGGAAUGAAGAAUCUGUCCUCACAGAUUAAGGUAAAGUCUUCAGUGAUGUCUCAGCCUGUAGAUUCAGAAGGAAAAGCUUGCUUCAUAUUAGAAAGAAUAAUUGGUGCAAAAGGGGAGCAUCAUUUGGAAUUCUUGGGAUCUUUUAGCAGGAAUGGUAUUCCUGGGCCAAUAAUAAGACUAAACGUGAUCCCUGAUCCCAACAAACCUGUUAAACUCUGUAUUGAAUAUGACAGCGCUGCCACUUUAUGUGCAGGAGGCGUCUUCCCAGUAUUUACAGUGGUUGUGAUGUCUGAAGAGGGUGGGCCGGUGAGAAACAUCAGCCCAGCAAAUCUAUCAAUGCUGCUCUGGAAAAGCACAGCAUCAGGGUCCUGUCCACCUGCUGAAGCCACUACUCUGAAGUGUAGUAAACGCAAGGACACUGAAAAGGACGAGUGCUUCUGCUUCAGGGAGAAGCAGAUUCCAGAGCUUGCAGGAAAGUAUGUAGUCCAGUUUGUUUUGGCUUUGGACAAAACCAAAUGUCUGUGGAGCAAACAGAUUGCACUAAACGUUGUUCCCAAUAAAGCAAUGAAAUUAGCCCCUGAGACUCCACCUUCAACUCCUGUUGUCUCCAAUAGUAACAUUCGGGCUAAUCGCACACUGCUGGACAGCUUGAAUCUGAAGAUCAUGGACCAGUACGAUAACGCUGCUGGUGAAGGUAUAGAUGGGAAAGUGGUGGUUACAGUUGAAGGCCCAGGAGACAUCGUGGUUCCUUUGUUUGAGAAUGGAGAUAAAAGUUUGUCAUAUAGCCUUACCAACGGGGAGACUCUUAUUACUGAUUUGGUUCUUUUGGAGAACAGUCCUGGUGUGGAUGGAGCUGAGUACAGACUCCAGUUUCUUCCUGAAAUUCAGCAGACCAGCGUUACCAUCGCUCCAUACAGCCUGCCUUUCAGAUUCUGCAAUGAUGCAGAAUAUCAGAAAGUCGUUGCGAGUCUCAGUAAGAAGAAAGAUAGCCUUUCCAGAACCAUUUUGAUGUACAAGGAAUUCUUUGAGACCAAUGAAGAACUGAAAUCUGAACUUCAACGUCAGGUGCAAGAUGCAACCCACAAACAAAAUGAGCUCAAACCAGAGCUCAUGAAAAGUGGCCUAGACAUCUCAGAACUAACCACUGAAUCAGCAAUAGAGAAAGUAAUAAAUGGCAAGAAAGCAAUUUUGACCAAGAUGGAGGUUCAGCCUAGACGAAAAUGCAGCAUUCCUGACCCUUUCAAAGGCAGUCCGCAUGUUCUGGGAAAGGUAGCUCAUCUGGCACAGGUGGAGGAUGAUGAUGCUGCAAAGGUUAUCUCUUGGCAUAUGCUGGGUGACAUGGACUGUGUGGUUACUGAAACAACAUCUGCUGCCAAGAAAAUCUAUGAUGAUACACAAGGACGACAACAAGUCAUACCCCUCGAGACGGUCUUCUGGAGACCAAAUGACAGGCCACUGCCUCACAUCAGGAAUGGCUCACCUCUCUUCCAUCCACCUGGUAAUCCUGUGUUUGUCAAAGAUCUGCUCAUUUUUCCUGAGCAUGCAGAAAGCUGCAAUAAAGUUUUUGCAACCCUUCUUGGAGACACCAUACUUAUUGAUGACUUGGAUUCUGCUAAUGAUUAUCGUCGAGAGGUGGUUCAGAAUAAAAUGCAGUGCCCCACGCUCCUAACGCGUCAAGGGGAGCGGAUACGCAGCAACGGGAAGUUUGGUGGUCUGCAGAACAAAGCGCCGUCCAUUGAAAAACUUCGAGGACAAGUGUUUGGAGCACCAUUACCCAAAGAGUACCACCAUAUAUACCAUCAGAUAGGUUUACUGCAGCAGUACUGUGUUGCAAUGAAGAAGGCCUCAGAUGUCCGGUCUGAGUAUAAUAGUCAUGUGGAGAACCUGCAGAGUCCUCAGAUGAAACAGAAACGACAUGAGCUCAACCAGCAAAGAGAAGAGUUAAAAGAACUUGAGAAAACCCUCGCCAGAACUCCUGAAAAAAUGUUGUAUGCUGCAAGAGUGAAGCGGAGCCUUGAGCCUGAAACGCCUGAGCCCUCAGUCCCUCCUAAACGGAUCCGUCGCAAAAGUUGCAAACUCGAUUCGUGAUGCAAUGUGAACUGACAGCUGAGGCAAUGCUUUUUGAGAUUAUUCAAAGAUUGUUUCAAGUUUUGAUCUUUGCAAAAGUUUUUUUUUUUUUUACUUUUCACUGUUUACACAUUGUUUUAAAUUUUUUGAUCUAAGCAGAAAGCAAAAAAGGUUAAUAUAUUUUGUAUCUUUCUUUGAGAAAAAAAAGUUUUUUUACAGUAACAUCAUGUCCUGUCAUCCUUUUUUGUUUGUUUUAUUCAACAAACCUUCCAGAAAUCGCAUUUUCACUAAAGCCAUUCAGAUGGGAUUUGUUUUCCUGAUCUUAUCUCAUGUCUGUAGUUUGGUUUUUGCACACACACGCACGCACACACAGCAUACACUCUAGCAUUUCAACACAUACUCCAUUUAAUGCCUAUAGAGUUCUGCACUGAUGACAUUUUUGUAGGCCAACCCGGAAGUUAGCAUCACCCAUGUUCCCUUGACAAAAACCCUUCUAUUGGCUUUUUGAUCAACUAAAGUUUAUGAUUCUCAAACUACACAGCGGUCGCAUGACUUCAACAUCACCACCAUUACGCUUCCGACAACUUGUUCUGUCUUUAAAAAACAUUUUCCCUGGAAGUUUGAGUUAAAUUAUAUCAUAAACACAAUGAGGCUGUGAAAGUGAACUAGAUGAGUUUACUUGUUCAGCAUGAUGAUGUUUAAUGUCACGACAAUCUCUUUAGUCCCAUUUAGGCACUUGUUAGCAACCGCCUUAUUCAGAGCAAGUAAAAGUGGAUUGAUGCUGCAUCUGAACAUGCCUUACUUCCGUACUAUAUAUUAUGCGAAGAGCAGUAUGUGAGUCUGUAUGUAUUCUUUUUGUAAUGCAUAUUAUAAUGUAUUAUAAUAGUUGUCUAUAUGUUGUACCUUUUUAAAGAGUGUUAGAGCCUACAUAAAUACACUUGAUUCACACCAAAAUGUGGGGUAACUUAUUGCCACUUAAAUAUGAAAUGGUCAUGUGGUGUCAAAUUAACUUAUAAAGUUACUUAUUACAGUAUUUCAAUUAAUGUAAUUUAUAUAUACAGGUGCAUCUCAAUAAAUUAGAAUGUCGUGGAAAAGUUUAU